AUGAACAUGGCUUCUGAACACGCUGACAAGCCUCUAAUUGUGUUUCUUGGUGGGCUGAACACCAAUCUUCCCGAGUUUGAACGUAUCAAGCAGAAAUUCGCUGUUUUAUUCUACACUCCAUCCACCAGAAAACAGUUUGAAUCGGACCUGGAAACAACACUCUCCAAGGUUGUUGCAAUUUACGGAGCAUGGAACCAUUUUGCGUCAAUCGGGUUUGUUGAUGAAUCAUUGAUAGAACGGUUUCCACCAUCUCUCAAGCUGAUUACUGUUUGUUCUGCCGGUUUUGGAGGCAUUGAUCUGAAGGCUUUACGCAAGCGGGGGAUCAAUUUUUGCAAUUCCCCCACGUUUGGUGCCGCUGCCGUAGCCGAAACCGUUCUUUAUCACGUUCUGAACGGGUUCCGCAAAUUCUCCAUCUUUGAAUCUCUGUUGCGCCAGGAAAAACACACCAUCCAAACAAGAACCAUUCUCGGAGACGUGAAGAAGUUUGACGCAGACACGGGGAAAUUCAUCAAAAACAACGACACGUCUGUCAACUACUGUUUCGGCCACCAUAUUGGGCCCCUCGACGUUCACUCCCCGGUUGGAAAGACGGUUUCUAUUGUUGGAUUCGGAGCUAUAGGGAAAGAAGUGGGGACCAGACUUUCGAGUUUGGGAAUGGAAAUCAUCUACAUCAAAAGAAACAAAUUGUCCGACAAAGAGGAAGCAGAACUUGGAUACAAAGUCCGCUACGCAGCCAAAUUAGAGCAAGUGGUGGCAGAGUCUGACUGUAUAGUGCUCUGCUUGCCAGCUACUCCGGAGUCGCAACACAUGAUCAACAAGGAGCUCAUCGAUAAGAUGAAGAAGGGAGUUGUUCUUGUGAAUGUUGGGCGCGGAGCUCUGAUCAAUGAAACUGACAUGAUCCAAGGCCUGCAGCAAGAAAAAAUUGGGUUUGUUGGGCUGGACGUUUAUCCAGAAGAGCCGCUUGUCAGUCACGUUGAGCGUCAAGAUAUGACCCUAACGCCGCAUAUUGGAUCUUCCACGAGAGAGAAUUUUGACCAAACUGCAGUAUUCUGUCUGGAAAAUAUCGAAAAUUUCGUGGAGUCCGGGAAAUUACAGAACGUACAGAACUAA